CGCGCCCCUCCCCCCGCCCGCCCGCGGCUUUGUUGCGGAGGCGGCGGCGGGGCCGGAGCGCGCAGCACUCCAUGUAUGAAGAUUUAAGAUUAUAUCAUCUGUUUGUUUAAGCUAAUCCAAAAGUAAAUGAGGAACUUAGGAAAAGAUUGCCAACUUCAAAUCAACACAGUUACACAGAAUUGAAGAAGAAGCGUACAGCUUCAUUUGAGGGAUUCUUUUAAGGGACUCAGUGUUCUGCGAUAUGAGCUCUGAAACCUUCAAGCAAAAACUGGACUCCGUGCCAGAUCAAACAAGUUCAGAGGAACAAAUGGAGAACUGGUCAAAAGAAACAUGCAUCUUGGAUCAGAAAAAGGAAGACUUUUGUGCUGAACUUCAGUUUUAUAAGAAUUCUCAAAAACACACAGGAUUUUUUAUCCAGGCAGAAACUGAAGCACCGAAACUUUCAGAUUUGCGAGUAAGCAGUCAAAGAGCAGGAGUCCUACCUGACUGUAAUUCUGGUUCUGAAGAAUCAAGCAGUGUAGAAAGAAAGGAUAGCAGGAUGCUCCCUGAAUUUAUAUCCUCAUGGAAUGAUGCUGAAGAUUUAGGUGGAAGAACAGAAACUGCAUUCCUUUUAAAAGAAUUGGACACUCUGAGGGCCAAAAAUAAAAAGCUUCAAGAUAAGCUGGCUGAAAAGGACAAGGAGCUGAAGACAAUAAAACUGGACUUAGAAUUGCAAGACAGAGCUACAGAAGCCAAGAUUGCAGAAAGGAUUGCAGCUCUGGUGGAAGAAGUUUAUUCUGCUCAACGGGAACGUGAUGAGGCUGUCAUGGCAAGGCUUAGGUUAGCCAAUGAAGAGAGAGAUGAAGCAUUUCUGCGAGUGCAGCGUUUAGAAGAGUCUCUCAAAGAGCUAGAAAAUAUUAACCCUGAAGAAAAUGACAUGACAUUACAGGAAUUACUGAACAGAAUAAACAAUGCAGACACAGGGAUAGAUAUACUGAAGAAUGGAGCUAUAAUUCUGAACCGAAUACACAGGACCAAAGAACGUAAAAAGAAAAUAAUAGCUGAGGAAAUGAAUGCAGUAAUAGAGCAACGGGAUGCUGCUUUAUCUCAAUGCAAACGGCUGGAGCAGGAGCUUCAUCAUCUGAAAGAGCAGAACCAGACUUCAGCAAACAACACGAGACAUAUGACUGCUGAAAACAAUCAAGAACGUGCUCUGAAGGCAGAAUUGAUAGCUUUGCAACAAGAAAAGGAAGCUGCUCUUCAACAGUGCAAAAAACUAGAAGAGGAAAUCCAAACAUUGCGUGUUUAUUACAGGUUAUACAAGUCUUUGUCUGAAGGAUUGGGUCUGAAGAACCAGCCUAGCUGUGCUUUCAGUACUUCUGAAGGUGGACUGCAGGGAAGGGAGGAUGUUGUGACCCUGACCUAUGGCCAGAUUGAAGAGCUGGCAGCUCAGCUGCAGCAGACUCGAUCCGAGCAAAAGCACACUGAGCUGAAGCUCCAGAAAGCCCUGGAAGCUUCGCAGGAGGCCAAUGAAAAAGUUCAAAAGUUGGAAAGGCUGGUGGAUGUCCUGAGGAAGAAGGUUGGAGCAGGGACCAUUAGGACCGUGAUCUGAUUGAAAGCUGUAGUCUAAGGAAGCUUUCACAUCUGGUGACCAGGCUGCUUCAUUCAGCACUGUGUAAACACUGAAGCCUUAACUUAGCAAACAGUUGUUAGAAGUGGGACACUCCAGCGACAUUCCAAGCUGAGAUAAAAUCAAAUCAUAAAUGUUUAACUACUUUGCUGCUGAGUUCUGUGAUUUGUUAAAAUGUUUCACUGCAAACAUGUGUUUGUUUUUGACCAAAUGCGUUGUGGCACACUGUAUUGUGAAAAAUUAUGUAGAUGCUUAUUUUAACACUCUGUCCUCUCCAUGUUAGACUAUACUCUGCUGCAAGGCAUAGAAUUUUUAAAUACUGCGGGCUUCAGGUUCAAAAUGCUGCAAAGUAGUUUCAAAAUUUAAAUCCCUUAUUUUAUUUUUGAGGCUGCAAAUAGUCCAGUAUUUGUAUGUUAAAUAUAUUAAUUGAUAAAGUAGGUUGACAUUCAAGAAAUAUCUCUGGCUGGUAUAGUGGAUAUUUUUUCCUCCUUACUCAUAGCCCAUUGAAUUGCAGGUAGUAACUGUGGCUACAUCAAAGGGCAGGAUAAAUGUAUACCUUUAUACAACAGUUGAAUAGCUUCUGCUAGUACAUGGCAUUUUCAGUGCACAUUAAAACGAAAUUUACAUUUAAGUUUCAAUGGAAAUACAGCUUAAAAAAUUGCAACAUGAAAGCCUUGUGACAUUGUACAGUAUCUCAGACAGUGUAUUGUUUUUAGUCACUCCUCUGUCCUUUUAAAUGAGGGAAAAGCUCUCAGAUUUCAGAAAACACCUUAUAAAUUAAAAAGUCACCUUUUCAGUGUUUGCCUCUUCUCAUCCCGUUCCUACAAGACUCUGAUUGCCCUGCAGUGCAGGAGUAUCAUCCAAGUUGGGUUUGAAGCUAAACUGUCAAUCCUCAGCUUUUUGUACUCAUGAAGUGCCCUAGAACUAAAAGGCUGAAGCAUAGAAUCUUACAGGGAGGGGAGAAACUGAGGGCUGAGGAGGAAAAUUUGGGGUACACAGACAUUACAGACUCUAAGAUACAUUAGAGUUGAACUUAGACUUUUGUUUGUGACCCAACCAUCUCCCGUUGUCAGGCCAGUACUCUUAUAAUCCUGCUCAAGAAAGCAGCUGUAAUCUCUGAGAACCCCAAAUGCAAUAAAGAAUCUCAGCAGCCAGCUGGGCUUUAGUGUCUCCUCAGGAGCAGCCAACUCAGGCAAGGUGGAUGUAUCUCCUGAGGCUUACACUUAUCUGCUUUGCUUUGUGUUUAAUGUUGUUACAUGGUUUUACUUCUUAAUGCUUGCUUGUUCAGACGUUGUGAUGGUGCAGUCUAUCUGGAGAAAAUGACAUUUUAAUUUUAGGUGUAGGUGUAGAGAGAAACAUUUUAAUGUCUGUUUUUUUCUUUCAAACACUUAAAUGUUAAACCUUCUUCAACUGCAGACCUAAGCCCCUCCUGGUUUCAGUUGACCAAACCUAACCUCUUGCAGGGAGAUAAGUAGCAUCCCUCCAAGCCACGUUUACCCAAGUCACUUCUAGAAACUUCUGAAGUGCUCCUUUUUGACCUUUAGUCAAUCCUAAGAUAGCCAGUGAGUCUGGAGCCUCUCCCCCACACCUGUUCAGUGGGAAGAAAUUUUAAUUCUUGCAAACCAGAGUUUUGCCACCCCCCAGAUUCCAGCCCCUUCACUGUCUCCCGUGUGCUGCUGUUCAGCUCUUUGGGUGACUCAACAGCUCCUUGUCCUACUGUCCUCGCUGAGCUUUGUGCACAAAGUGGAUGACAAGAUCUUCUGAGCAGUCAGUGCUAUUGAACCAUUUCUGCUGUAAGGAGGUAGUGAGGAAGAAAUAAAGACAAAAAUGUAAGGGCUACUAUGCCAUCCUAGACAAAAGCCCAAGGACUGCCUUUGGCAAUAACAAAUAGAAGAUGCCUAGGAAAGGGUAAAAAGUCAGGCCAGCUCUAGUGGCCACUCUCCCAGCUGGUGUCCCAGCAGUUUGUUAGUUAAAGGCUUUCUAAGCCAGAGAUGGUGUCUUUGUAUUUAGCAGCAUUUUUUCAUGACCUGUUUUUGAAUCCAUUAAAAUUGUUUGUAUCUACUUGUUCCUUUCACAAGGUCUUAUGCAGGUAAUGAUGCAUUGAGUGAAAAAAUACUUCCCUUUCUCUUAUGAACCAGCUCUGUUCAUUUGCUAUCAUCUAGUUUUUGUACGUGAGAAAUGGUGAGGAACCAUUCCCUGUUCAUAUUUCUAUGUCCCAUGUGAUUGUACAUAUUUGGCAUAAUUUCCCCCACUCUCUCUUUUCCAGAGAGAAUCCCAAGUCUCAUUUAAAGGAUCUGUCCCAUGUUUUUAAUUGGUCUUGUCAUACUAAUCUGUUUUUUUUUCCAGCUCUGCAUUGUUUUUACCAAGAUGCAACAUGUUUUGUGCCUAGUGUUCAAGAUACAGACAAAAUGUGACUUUAAUGGUUGUCACAAUGAUGUUGUCUGUUUUAUCUCUGUGCUGUUUGUAACCAUUUUUAGCAUUGGAUUGCUUUAUGACAGAUUAUUUAUUGGUACUAAUAUUUCUGUAGCAAAAUGACUACUCUAGAUCUCCUUCCUCAGUUGUAAUGUUCAGAGUUCAUUGUAGCCUGUAUGAAGACAGAACUGUUUUCUGAAUAACCCAGGAUUUAUGGGUACUGAAUGUCACCUGUUGUUUUAGCAUUCCCUACUGACAUGAGCUCUUAUUCCAUCCCUUCUCACAGCUCCUCUUUAAUACUCACAGUAGCAAAGUAUCAACAGCAUCUCCAAGCUGAAUAUGGUGAUAUGAAAUACUGCCAUCUCCAAAUUAGCCCCCUCUUAGAGGUGAUUUCUUAGUUAAGUUAAACAUGGCCUCUGGGACAAAGAUCCCUGUAAGGCAAUAAGGUAGCUUUUCCUUCACUGUGAGAAUGAAACAUUUUUUCUUAAACAUUGCUUUAAUUUCACUUUGAAGUACUUAUUUUUCAGUGUAAAAGUAUUAGUUACUGCUUGGCAGCUUUUAUGAGGAAGUUGUUUGCUACUUUGAAAAUGCAAGUGUACUAAAUCAGGGCUUGUGCUCCAUGCAUGAAUGUGCUGAGUUCCUCCUUCCCCUUGGAGUGUCAAAAGCUCCUCACCUUUCCCAAGUAUUUCUGUGUCCAAGUGAAUAAUCUUGUGAAUGCAGGCUUCCUACGGCCAGACUGUAUGACCUCCAGCCUCUUGUGUCCAUUGGCUUUGUUUGGGAAAGUAGGGUGGGCCAUGCAAAAGCCAUCUAGCAGGCUUGUUGUCAGAUACAUCUGAUUGCAGGUAAUACUUGAUUCAGUAAAAUUAAGUUAUAGUUAUGCUCCAUAAUUUUCCUUUCAACACAUUAUACCCAAGCUGAAAAAAUAGUUCCUGACUCUGUCUUUUGUCUUGCACCAAGCAGCCUGGAAUUCAGUGAUAAUUUAGGUUAUGGUGUUUUGUCAUAAAUUGCAAAUGUGGGUAAAUGUAUUUUAUUUGUAAUUAAAUCAGAUGUGUUGAUUUUUAAAAUUCAGCUGGAAAUAUUUUUAUUCUUUGGAAAGGACCAUGGGAAAUUUGCUAUGUUGAGAAUAGAAAGAUUCAAAACCAGUUGAGUUCUCCCUCUUCCUUGCUAACAACCUGGUGUGUGGUCUUUGGCAAAUUCCUUAGUGACUGUCAUUAAAGGUAUGCAGUCCCUGAAGAGGUUCCUGGGCUCCUCCAGGGUGUUUGCAAAAGUAUCUAUGUGGUUUAUGUCAAAGCACUUUCACUUCUUCACCUGCUGAAGUGAGCAGCAUAAAUCACAUAGGUCUGGUAGUGGAGGCCCAGCCUUUAGUGCCCUCAGCAGAACUUCUGGUCCUGUUGAGCCCAGCCUAACUUUAGCCUCUCAGUGUAAUGAGGGCAGGAAAUCUGCUCUGGUCAGCAGAAAGAGGCGAUAAUGACAACAUGGGUUAAUGGGCUUAUCAUAUGGAUUAUUCAUUGAGAACUGAUUGAUGCCUGUGCAGAGCUCUGAAAGUGAAAAGAAGCCUGCUCUCAUACAACAGACAAAUGCAAUUGUCACUUCUAUCCUAAUAUAUGUGAGAAAGAUGAGAUUGCAUCCAAUUAUGUACCAGGAGUAGCAAUUCAUUUCCCUCCUGAUGGAAAAACAGUUCAUGAUAAAAGAUAGUUCACCAUAGGUGCAUCUUAUGGUGACAGCUGUAAUUACUGGUCAAAUUGUCCUGGUCAAGGGUCCCUGCUGUCUUGAAUAGAACAGAGAUAUUCAGAAAUAUUCUUCCCCUGUGAGAUUUUGUGUCUUUCUCUUGAUGAUCCUGCAGUACGUUAUGUGUUGGGAGCCAUUUCUGGUAUAUGCCAGGGUAAAAUAUGUAAAUAGCAUCAUGUUGGCUCGGGAUAAGAGCAUUAUUAAUGCUUUUCAGCACUGUAAUUAUAUUCCUAGUAAGCCUUCCCUAAGCCCUCACUAAUUAACAAUAUUGUGACAAAUCAACUUUAACAGAAAAGAACUGUGGACCUUUAGUCUUUUAGUACUAUUUUUCAUGCAGCCUGCAGCUGAAAACUGGUGGCAUGGCUUUCUGUACUUGUGUUGAGAAAACUGCUGAUACUGAAAAGUUUAAAGAGAGCUCAGUCUUGUUAGUGGAGUCCUAUAGCUGAAUUCUGUUUUGUUCCUCUUUAAAUACAUUAAUGGCAAAGGUAAAUUCACUAGUUAAUCAUUAAUGUUAAGGAAUAUUAAAACUGUUUUUAUAAAUAAGCUAUCAUAUUGAAAUGGUUUGGUGAUGUCAGUAUGUUGUCAUAUGCCUGUUUAUUUAUUUGUUUAUUCCAAAUCAGGAACAUUUUACAAAACUGUCUUUAUAUAUAGUCUUACCAGAUGUUAUAACACCUUUAAUCCAUGUACACAAAUGAACUUACCAUCUAAACGUCAGGAUUUCUCUGUGCCUUUAUUUCUUUCAAUUAGAAUUAGGCUCUUGGUUUUGUUGAGUUUUCUUCUUCUUAACUUCUGCUGCUGAAGAUUUUGCUCCCAUGCAAGAAUCGGAUGGAAGGCACAUGAAAUCAGUGCUGGGCAGUUUCCCUUUCAUGGGCUGCCUCUUAUCGCUGUAACAUUUCACAUCAGGUCUGCACAACUGGACUUUCUCUGUUUGUUCUUCUCAUGCAUUGGUAAAUAAAAUGUAUUCACAAGUUCAAAAAGACAAAGUAGUGUUCUCAUAUUAGGUCGAUUAUAAGUCAGCUGUUGAGCUUCAGUGUUCUAAACAUUUCAUUCUUCAGUUUUGUUGGGAGCCCACGUGUUCUGGGAGGCUUUUAAACAAAUACUUGAAAUGGUUGAAAGAUUUACAUUGCCAGUGCCUAGCUAAAUAUGUAGUCUUUAGAAAAGACAUGGUUUAUUUUGGCACCAUUUGACAAACUCAAAUAUUUUAAACAUUUGUUAAGUUUGAGCUUGCACAUUUGAACUAAAAGUUUGCAUUCCAAAAUUGCAUCUCAGGUUACCUGUCUCUCUCUCUUUUGUAUUUCAU